AUGCAUCCGCCAAUUCAAAGGCGGAAUAGACCAAAGAAACGAAGGUCAGGAGUGCAGCUCGGUUCAGACGGAAUGGGCACAACGGAUAUCCCGGUGGAAACUUUGGCCCAUCUAAACGAAAACCAAAUCUAUUUACUUACCGGUCCUUCUAAACAGCCCUUCUUGUGUCGAGUUUGUGGUUGUCAUUUCUCAUCCGUGGGAAGCAGUCUGCAUCAUGCAAACCAACCGGAACACACGGCCAAUCUACAGGCGGCUCACAUCACACCGGUCCUGUUGCAUCUUCCACCAGUCUGUGAGGCACAUCGUUCAGCACUCAAUCGGGAAUUAACCUCCGCCUCACAGGGUGUACUGAUUAAUGCGACAGAACUGAAACGACGUCAACAAUUUGCUGACCAUCUUAUCUGCUGGCUAGAGCACCGCAUUCAAAACCUCAGACUAGCACGCGUCGGAAGCACUUGGACCGGAAUUGCUCUCAUUGACAGUGACGUAAAUCUAGACGUGUCCUAUCGAACCACAAAGUCCGGGAACGAGAAUCCGCACGAGGCACGCUUUAUCGUCAGUAAGAAUACUUUCACUACCACAGUCGAGUCUGGUGGUACUGCACAACGCUCUCCUGGUUUGGGUUAUCUACUCAUGCAUUUAUUCAACGAGUUGAAGUCCCAUGCGCACACGAAACCACCGAACUCUGACAUGGUCACGGCCGGUGACAGUAGUAGAACGAAGCAGGCUGUUGACCAAUCUUUGCAAUCGCCCAACAAAGGAAAAAAUGUGAUACCAGAGAUCUACUCGUGA